CACUGUACAACACUGAACUGGCUCACACAAUAUAUAGUGAGGACAAGUAAACACAUUCAGUUACACUCUUCCAGAACUUGUUUUAUAAAUGUAAAAUAUUUCACCAUUUCCUGUUUUCAGUUAAUUCGUGUGAACCAGCCGGAUCUGGUUCUGUUUGUUGGAGAAGCUUUGGUUGGAAAUGAGGCUGUAGAUCAGCUGACCAAGUUCAACAAAGCUCUCAUUGAUCACUCUGCCAGUGAAAACCCUCGUGUAAUAGAUGGCAUUAUUCUCACCAAGUUUGAUACCAUCGAUGAUAAGGUGGGAGCUGCUAUUUCCAUGACCUACACCACCGGACAACCCAUCGUAUUUGUGGGCACAGGACAGACGUACACAGACCUCCGCAACCUUAAUGCUAAGGCUGUGGUCAGUUCUCUCCUUAAGUGACCACUCAGUGACCCCUCAUCAGUUAUCACACACCUCUAUAGAUGUUAAAGACUGUGUUCAUUCUUGACGUUGUGAUAUUCUCCCUUAAGUAAAGAACUCUAAUGGACAACAAUACUUUUUAUCAAUAAUCAUAUUUAUGCUAGACAUUUGUUUCUGUGAAAAAAUGUCUUCAUAAUUUUUUACAAGAUGUGAAAUACUGAAAUAGAGAUAGUGAAAUUUAUGUGAAUAUCAGGUUUUUAUACAAACUUGCCCUUUCAUGUGAAUAUCAGGUUUUUAUACAAACUUGCCCUUUCAUGUGAAUAUCAGGUUUUUAUACAAACUUGCCCUUUCAUGUGAAUAUCAGAAACAAACUCCCCCUUUCUGUAGAUCACACUUUGUAAGAUUUUCUAACUUUUACACAAUUUCUCAUUCAAAUUAAAAAAAUGGAUAUUACAAUCAGAAUCUGCCUGAGAUUUAUUUCAUAUUGUAAAAAAACUAAAACUUUCAGAUUUCUUGCACAUCCUUAAGUUAACCUCCAGGUAUGUGAAGACUUAGGAGUAUAUGGGCAUGUUUUAUAAUCUUAAUUAUUUUAGAUUGAUGGUUAUUAUGGACAGCGGUGAUUCUAAAAUCUGUAAGAUUAAGAUGACUGUCUGCUCCAGGAACAGCAUUAUUUAUUUUAGCUAUGGGGACUCCAUGAUUGUAAAACAGUCACAUUACCAGCUGUUUUUGUUGUAAAAAUAUGCUGAAAAAUUCAAAUGACAAAGAUGCACAGUAAAUGCUAUAGUCUAACAUGAAACUUGGGCUAUAUUCAGUUGUAGAAGCAAGUGUGAUUAUUUUCUAAUCCCCUGGUAAAACCGUUUUAUGUUAAUAUGUAAACAUAUUUAAUGUACAUAAAUUUUAAUAUUUGUUAUCUAAGAUGGUAUUGAGGAAGUUCUUUCAUUAAAAUUCAUGUGAAGUUUUCAGAAGAUUUUAUUUGAAUUUUCAGAAAGUAUGUUUCAAUAAGUUCUCAGGAAAAGGCUGAUUGUUCAAGAAAAGAUACAUGAUGUUUUGUUAUAAACAAGUUAAAAACUU